AUGAAUGGCUCCCUCACCCCUCAGGCCAGCCUCUCUGCCGAUGAUAACAUCAAACGCUUUGCCCCCGUCAGCCGCCCGCUGAGCCCCCUCCAACCACACACCCUCUUCCACAACAAGACGAGAUGUUUCGUCUAUGGCCUGCAAACACGAGCCGUCCAGGGCAUGCUUGACUUUGACUUCAUCUGCAAGCGCAAGACCCCCUCCGUUGCCGGUAUCAUCUAUACCUUUGGCGGCCAAUAUGUCUCCAAGAUGUACUGGGGCACCUCGGAAACUCUCCUCCCCGUCUACCAGUCCACCGAAAAAGCAAUGGCCAAGCACAGCGAUGUCGACCACGUCGUCAACUUCGCCUCUUCCCGCUCCGUUUACACCUCCACCAUGGAAUUGAUGGAGUUCCCUCAAGUCAAGUCCAUCGCAAUCAUCGCCGAGGGUGUCCCCGAGCGACGUGCUCGUGAGAUCCUUCACGUCGCCAAGAAAAAGGGCAUCACCAUCAUCGGCCCGGCGACUGUCGGCGGCAUCAAGCCGGGUGCGUUCAAGAUUGGAAACACUGGUGGCAUGAUGGACAACAUUGUCGCCUCCAAGCUCUACCGCAAGGGCUCCGUCGCCUACGUCUCCAAGUCGGGCGGUAUGUCCAACGAGCUCAACAACAUCGUCUCGCAAAACACCGACGGCGUGUACGAGGGUGUCGCCAUUGGCGGUGACAGGUAUCCCGGUACCACCUUCAUCGACCACAUGCUCCGCUUCCAAGCCGACCCUGAAUGCAAGAUCCUCUUGCUCCUCGGUGAAGUUGGUGGUGUGGAGGAGUACCGUGUCAUCGAGGCCGUGAAGCAGGGCAUCAUCACCAAGCCCAUCGUUGCCUGGGCCAUCGGUACCGUUGCCGGCAUGCUGACGACUGAGGUGCAAUUCGGUCACGCCGGUUCCAUGGCCAACUCCGAGCUCGAGACGGCCAACAUGAAGAACAAGAGCAUGCGCGAAGCUGGCAUCUUCGUCCCGGAUACCUUUGAGGAGCUCCCAGGUGUCCUCGCUCAGAUCUACCAGAAGAUGAUCAAAUCCGGCCAGAUCAAGCCCGCCGCUGAGCCCGCCGUUCCCAAGAUCCCAAUGGACUACAACUGGGCCCAGGAACUCGGUCUCAUCCGUAAACCCGCCGCCUUCAUCUCCACCAUCUCCGAUGACCGUGGCCAGGAACUCCUCUACGCCGGCAUUCCCAUCACCGAUGUCUUCAAGGAGAACGUCGGCAUUGGCGGUGUCAUGUCUCUCCUCUGGUUCCGUCGCAGACUGCCCGACUACGCCGGCAAGUUCCUGGAAAUGGUGCUCAUGCUCACUGCCGACCACGGUCCCGCCGUGUCCGGUGCAAUGAACACCAUCAUCACCACCCGUGCCGGCAAGGACUUGAUCUCCGCGCUCGUGUCCGGUCUGCUGACCAUCGGUUCGCGUUUCGGAGGUGCUCUCGACGGCGCCGCCGAGGAGUUCACCAAGGCCUACGACAAGGGCAUGAGCCCGCGUGACUUUGUCGAUACCAUGAGGAAGGAGAACAAGCUCAUCCCCGGCAUCGGCCACCGCGUCAAGUCGCGCAACAACCCCGACCUCCGCGUCACGCUCGUGAAAGAGUACUGCCAAAAGAACUUCCCGAGCACCAAACUCCUCGACUACGCCAUUGCCGUCGAGACUGUCACCACCUCCAAGAAAGACAACCUCAUCCUCAACGUCGACGGCUGCAUCGCCGUCUGCUUCGUCGACCUGCUGCGCAACUGCGGCGCCUUCUCCGCAGAAGAGGCGGAGGACUACCUCGGCAACGGCGUGCUGAACGGCCUCUUCGUCCUCGGCCGCAGCAUCGGCCUCAUUGCCCACUUCCUCGACCAGAAGCGCCUGCGCACCGGCUUGUACCGUCAUCCUUGGGAUGAUAUCACCUACCUCUUGCCUGAGCUUGGCAAGGGCGGUGCGCCGGGUGCCGAGGGGCGGGUGGAGGUUAAUGUGCAGUAG